GGUCGAUUUCUCAAUGCAGCAUGAGUUCUUUGUUGGAUAAGACUUCAAUUAGUGGAAAGCUUUCGAAAAUUACUGGGUUUUCAGGUUUGAAUUCGGUGAGAACAUAGGUUUUGGGAGACCGUGGUAGCUUGAAUUUAGAACAAUCACAAUGCCUGUGUUUCGGACUGCCUUUAAUGGAUAUGCAGUCAAGUUUAGCCCCUUUGUGGAGACUCGUUUGGCUGUGGCAACGGCCCAGAAUUUUGGUAUCAUCGGCAAUGGUCGGCAGCAUGUCCUGGAACUUACUCCGAAUGGAAUCGUUGAGUAUUGUGCUUUUGAUACAGCAGAUGGGCUGUACGAUUGUACAUGGUCUGAGUCCAAUGAAAAUCUAGUUGUUUCGGCCAGUGGCGAUGGUAGUGUCAAAAUUUGGGACUUGGCACGCCCUCCUGCUGCAAAUCCAAUUGGUAGUCUGGAAGAACAUGCUCGUGAAGUUUACUCUAUUGAUUGGAAUGCUGUUAGAAAAGACAGUUUCUUAAGUGGUUCUUGGGAUGAUACAAUCAGGCUCUGGACAAUUGAUAGACCCCAGUCCAUGCGUGUAUUUAGAGAACAUACUUAUUGUGUCUAUGCGGCAGUUUGGAACCCAAGACAUGCAGAUGUGUUCGCUUCGGCUUCAGGGGAUUGCACUGCGAGGGUUUGGGAUGUGAGAGAACCCAAUUCAACAAUCAUAAUUCCAGCUCACGAUCACGAGAUUCUCUCUUGUGAUUGGAACAAAUACAAUGACUGUAUGCUUGUGACUGGGUCUGUUGAUAAACUGAUAAAGGUAUGGGAUGUCAGGACAUACAGGACUCCAGUUACAGUUUUGCAAGGACAUACAUAUGCAAUCCGGAGGGUCAAAUUUUCGCCCCAUCAGGAAAGUCUUAUUGCAUCUUGCUCUUACGAUAUGACUAUGUGUAUGUGGGAUUAUAAAGCUCCAGAGGAUGCUCUUCUAGAGCGUUAUGAUCAUCAUACUGAGUUUGCUGUAGGAAUGGAUAUGAGUGUUCUUGUGGAAGGUCUACUGGCAAGCACUGGAUGGGAUGAAACUGUUUAUGUCUGGCAGUUUGGAAUGGAUCCUCGAGCUUUAUAAAAAGAUGUUUUGAGCUACAAGGGUAUUUUGUAUCUCUCUAUUAGACAACUCUAUUUGCUGUUGAAUUUACACAGAAUUUUAUACAGCACUUUCAUUUCAGGAAUAAGAUGAGUGUUUGUAUUAAUUGUGUAGAUUCUAAUCAGCAUAAGAGAACAAAACCAAUUGUAAUGAAAUCCAGUAGUUAGAUGUUGUAACUUGGAGAGCUCUGCCAAAAAAUGCAGAUGUUCUUUUUUUUAUACUAUGGAAUUGUCUUGAGAGCCC